CUCCCGGCCGACAAGCUCGAGCACGCAGGCAACGCGCCGACCUCAGACGGACCUCCAGCCCUCGACCAUGCCACUGCUUCGCAAGACCUCGACGAACCCCGAUCCAAACCAGCGGAUCGUCCUGAGCGGCUGGAUGAAGAAGCAGAAGCUGCACUUUAAGACGUGGAGCCGCCGCUUCUUCGUCUUGACGGCCAACACGCGCGUCAUGUCGUACUACGACAGCGAAGAUCUGAGGCAGCCGCGGGGUACGCUCGAAGUGCUCUCAGUACACCCGCUGCCGGGCGAGUCCAAUGGUCUCUCGCUGCAUUGCGCAUCAGGGAAGGAAGAGAAACUGAUUUGCGACACGAACGUGGCUUACAAUGCGUGGUUUGCGGUGCUCACGCGUGCCGUGAACCCGGACCCAGUGUCGCUCGAGCUCACAGCCUUGAUCUCGCCAACUGAUUCCACGGGCGAGCUCGAGUCUGGCGAGCUCGACUACGAAGACGACAUUACGUACCACCCCAACCCGAUCAAGAUGGGCUACCUUCAUGUGCAUUACGAGCAGUCGUCGAAUCAAACUGUGGAUGCCAUUCCUGAGGCCGACACGGCGCACCCUGACACCUGGAGUCGCUACUACUGCAAGGUUGAGCAGGACACACUCAACUGCUACCAAGAUGAGACUCUGGAACAGCUAUACGUCAGCGGCAUGGUUCGAAACGUGUCAUUAUACGACGGGCGCAAAUAUGCCCUCUCGGUCACGCUCAACAAGAGCCGGACCGUUUAUUUAUGUUGUGAUAGCAUGGAAGAGAAGACCAAUUGGCUGCUCACGCUUGAGGGUGCGCUGAAAACCGCGUACAAACUCAUCGAGAAACGACGGAGCCUUUAUUCCAAGUCCAAGAUGACGAGCCACAUCUACGAUCUGGACCUGCCCCACGAAGAUCAGAUGCACCUCACGGACGACAACGCCGACCAGUUGCCGCUGGCUUACCUCUCGCUUGAUGAGGACCUCGAGCUCAAGACGUCGCCGACCCUUGCGUCACACGCUGAAGACGAUGAGACCGAAGCGAGCGGCGUGUGGAUCUAACACUCCUUGUCUUUUGCGCCUAUAUAUCUGUAGCAUGUAUACAAAAAUAUGCUCGACAUGUUGCGUGUCAUUGUCCGUGGGUCGCAAUCAGGAG